AUGGCACCACCUACUAAAAGUAAAGAUAAUUUAUUAUUAUGGUGUCAAAAAGUUAUAAAAUCAUAUGAUGGUGAUGAUAAUGAUGAAAAUAAAGAAUUUAAAUUAAAAGAAAUUAAAGAUUUUUCAGAAUCAUGGAAAGAUGGUAAAGGAUUUUUAGCGAUUGUUCAUUAUGUAUUUCCAAGUGAAGAAUUUAAUUUCAAAGAGAAAUUAAUUGAAUUGAAAACACCAUUUCAACGUACAAAAUUUGCAUUCAACUAUGCACAAGAUAAAGGUAUUUCAAAAUUAUUAGAAGAAGAUCAAUUUAAAGAUGACAAUGAUGAUAAUCAAUUAAAUUCAUUGGAAUCUGAAAAAUUAUCAAUUGAAACUUAUUUAUCAUGUUUUUAUCAUGAUUAUAAUAAAAAAUUAGAAAAUGAAAAGAUUGAAUUAAAAUUAAAAGAAUUGUUAGGUAAUAUUGAUCAAAUAGUUGAAACUUCUGUAAAUAAUUUAAAAGAAAAUAAUAAUAAUGAUGAUGAUGAUUUUGAAAUUAAUGAUUUUUCAAUUGAAAAAGAAAUGGAAAAAAUUGAAUUAAUUAAAAAUAAAUUAGUUGAAUCAAAUAAAAAUGUAGAGAAUAAAAAGAAUGAAAGUUCAAUAACUAAACAGAAAUUAAUGGAUUUAGAAACAAUGAUUCAAAGUGUUCAAGAUGAGUUGGUUGAGAAUGAGAAUAUUAGUAAAAAGUUUAGACAAGAGAUAGAAAAGAGAGAAGAGGAUUUAAAGAAUAAAAUUGAGAAAGAGAAAGAACAAUAUGAAAAGCAUAUUCAAGAAUUACAAUCAAAAAUCAAUAAAUUGAAAGAGAAUGAUAUUAAAGAGAGAGAAGAAUUGAAAAAAAGAUUAGAACAAGAGAGAAGAGCUAAAGAGGAGAUAUUGAAAAAGAAGAAACAAUAUGAGGAUGAAAUUAAGCAAUUGAAAUUGAAUUUGGAGCAAGGUAUAAAGGAUAAACAGUUAUUGGAGGAGAAAGAAAUUAAGAUCCAAGAAGAGAAAUCCGAGGCACAGCUAAAGCAUCGUGAGGAGAUGAAAAGGUUGCGUGAGGAUCUAUUGAAUGCCUCAUCAAGGAAUGAGUAUCUCUCUAUAGAGUUGAAUAACGAGCAAGCUUUGAAGUCGGAUUUAUUGGAGAACCGAAAGAAGAUACAAACCAAUGUGAACCAAUUGGAGAGGGAUGUCGAUAGUGAGAAGAGGGAUUUAAGCCAAAUCCAAAAGGCAAAGGACAAACUAUCAGCAUCGGUCAAGAAGACCUUAAUGGAACUAGAACAAGAGACAAAGACCUACAAUUUACGUGACAAGACUAAAAAAGAGAUUGAGCGUGAGAAGGAGAUACUUCGUCAAGAACGUGAGAAAGAGCAAAUGGAGAAGCUUCGUGUAGAGAAAGAGAAAAGAAUUGCACAGAAUCAAUUGGAUGGGUUGAAGGAUGAUCAUGAUAAUGAGCGUGUUAAAGUUAGAGAAUUGAAAUUCACAAUUGCAGAUUUAGAUAGAAAGAUUGAUGUCACUGAAACUGAUAUAAUCGAUGAAACUAAAAGAACCAAUAAAUUGAUAGAUUAUUUCGAAGAGAAGGCAAAAAUUCAACAAGAUAAAGUAAAACAAAGAAACGAUCAACGUGUAAAGAAAUUAGAGGAUUUGAAAGGCGGAUUCGCAAGACAGAAUUCUCACAAUUCCGAGCAGUUAAAGAAAGAGAUGGAACGUAUGUCUAGUUUAAAUAAAGAAAAGAUUGAGCUAUCUUCAAAAGAUUCAGAUUUACAACACCAAUAUCAACAAGAGAGAAAAGAAAAGAAGAAUAGUGAAAAGUUGAAAAGAAAUUUAGAUGAUCAAUUAAAUCAAGUGAAACAUUUACUUAAUCUUGAGAAUAAGGGUAGAGUUGCAAGAGAGAAUUCUAAAACCAAAUUAGAGAUUGAAACUAAACAAAUGAAAUCCACACUCUCUGAUGAACAUCACAAGAGGGAACAAGCAAAAGAAAGAAAUCAAACAUUACAAAAUGAUACAGAAUCGGUUGAAAAGAAAUUACAACAAUCAAAACAACAAUUUGAUCAAUUAAAAGAACAACGUGAACAAUUGAAAUUGGAAGCAAUCUCAUUGGAUAGUGAAAUCACCAAUGUCGUAACAGAGAAAAUCAUAGCUCAAUCUGAAGCGGAUUCACGUAUUCGUGAGAAUAUUGAAAAACUUGAAGAAAAGUAUAAAUCAGAGAUUAAAGCUAGAGAAGAAUCCAAAUUACAAUUGGAAACUAAACAAUUCUUGGCAAAUCAAAAACUUCAAGAUAGAAUUGACCAACAGAAACAAUUGGAACAACAAAGAAUUGAUCGUGAUAAAGAGUUGAGAUUAUUGAAUGAGAAAUUGGAGCAAUUGGAAACCGACUCUGAAAUCUCUGAUACUCCACUACAAAAACUUCGUGAAGAAAUUAGAUCUUUGAAAAUUCAAGCUGAAAAAGAUAAAGAAGAAUGUGAAGAUUCCCAAGAAUUAGUACAACAGAUGGAAUCUGAUAUCAAAAGAUUAGAAUAUGAAGUAUUGGAUGAAUCAAGUGAAGCCUCCUUACAUCAAAGACAACUUGAAAUACUUGAAAAGAAAUUACGUGAGGCUGAAGAUGAAUUACACUCUCAUAAUUUACAAUUACAACAACAACAAAUAGAAUUUGAACAAAAAAUUCAAAAAGAAAAAAGAAGACAAAAAAAAGAAGCUGCAAAACAAGAAAAAGAAUUAAAAGAUUCAAUGAUUGAAGAACACCAAAGAAAAUUAGAUCUUUUAAAUUUAAAAUUUAAUCGUUCAAAAGCAACAAUUGAUGAUGAAAAUAAAGAAUCUGAUAAAAAAGUUUUAGAAAAAAGAAAAUUAUUAAUGAAUUUAAUGGAAUUAAAUAAUAGUAAUAAUAAUAGUAAUAAUAAUUUAAAUAAUAAAUAA